UUACAUGUUAUCUUUGUUAACUAUUAAAAUAUGUUUAAUUGUGUUAUCUGGUAACAGAAUCUAUCAAAAGACAUUGUUUUAUUUAAUCUAUUAUAAAAACUUCAGCUAAAAUUAAAAUUCACAUACAUUUUUAGCAUAAUUAUACAAAAUAACAACCCUGAGAUUCCUAUGUAAAUUAAUUAUGAUACACGGAAUAAAAUGUUUAGCUCAUGUUUUAAAUCCAUUUUCAAUAGGGAAUUUUACAAGCAUGAAUGCCUGCUGGCCAGGAAGCUGCCAUGAUGCCCACGUUUUCAGGAUGUCCAACGUUGGCAGACAUUUAGAUGCAAAUCAUCAAGAUCCUGGACGUGGUUGGCUGUUGGGAGACAGUGGCUAUCCCUGUCGACCAUUCCUAAUGACACCCAUAUUGCAUCCAAGAAAUGAAGCCGAAGAACGGUACAACCAAGCACACAUAAGCACGCGAAACAUUAUAGAGAGGUGCUUUGGUGUAUGGAAGAGGACCUUCCAUAUAUUGCAUGUGGAGAUUCGAAUGAAGCCUGCAAAGGUGACGCGGAUAGUGUUGGCGUGCGCUGUGCUGCACAACAUGAGACGGAUGUGGGGGGAACCGAACCCGGAUGUUCAAGACGACCUUGACGAACAACCGGACGUACAGAACUUUGACGGACCAAUGGACGGACGUGGUGUAAGGAAUAGACUGAUUGAACAGUAUUUUGUUUAAGUGUUUUUUCCACUAUGUUUUUCAUGUUGAAUGUAACAGUGCUACAUUGAUAAUAAUUUCAUUCUUCUUGUUAUCUCCCUGCAUCCCGAAGGCGGAGGGAUAUAGUUUGAGCGUUGUUCGUCUGUCUGUCUGUCAUAAACUUGUCAGGCGUGGGUGUAUACCAUGAACAAGAACGAUAACCCUUAACAUUCUAAAAUAAAGAGUUAUUGUCCUUUGUUGUUUAUAUGGUGUAACUUUUUAGGGCUAUAUCUAAGAUACGAUAAAAGAGAUUUCUACAUAAAAAAAGACAUGAGUGUAUAGAUAUCAGUGUGGAGAAUUGCAAUGCAAUUUUAUUGCAAUUAUUUUCACUGAUAUCUAUAGCCCUGCACUGUGUUACUUUACAGUUACUGCCCUGUUCUUUAUUUGGCGCGUAUCGGCGGGUGAUAUCAAUUGCCAUUUUUCAUCUGUGUUUAUUAAUUUAAUAAAGUAAUAGUGCAAUGUAUGUGUACUUCAAGCUUUCGAUUGUAUAUAAACAGGGACAUCUUUGUAUAGGAAAAUGAAAUAUUUAUUGCAAUUAAAAU